CGUCUCUUUUGUGCUAUUCGUUCGGCCAUUGUGAAUCGAAAGGCGUCUUUGGCUGCCCGUGUGGACAAGUUCCGAUGUGAUUCUCGAGUUUUUUUGACGUUCGCGUACACGACAACGUUAUGAUGCAACAACAAUGUCACCAAGACCAGAUCGGGAAUCAACAGGGGAUGGCCCAGCAGAUGGUUUUAUGUCCGGUACAAGUUGUUUAUGAAACUCAAAUCCUUGUGAAACCCGGGGAUCAAAUACAACCAAACCAAACAAUCUACUUGAACCAACAUAACCCACCGCCAUGGAUCAAAAACGCCCAACACACCCAAGUUAUGUACGUCCAGCACAUGCCGUCCAACAUGAUGCCCAAUAUCCAACAAAGCAUGGACCAAAGCCUUUACAUCCAAAACUGCCAGAUGCCGCAACAGGCCUACCAAAUACAACAACAAAUGUUGGCCCAGAACCCCCAAGAGACGAGGCCAAUACAAAUACAAAAUGUCCAGGCUAACAUGCUACAGGGCUUCCCCAACAUGAGUGCCAAUAUCCAACACGACCAACAGAUACAGAUGACGAAUUACAAUCAAAUACCCAACCAUGUUCCCAACAGACAGAUCGUGUCAAACAACCAGCCAAUCAAUCAUCAAACUAACUCACCCCAGACAUUGGAAAUGCAAAGACCCGUGUAUAUGAAUGUAAGGACAUCGAUUCCCCAGCACAGCAUACGCCAACAAAUUUUGAUUCCUCAAAACACUCCAAACAGCCAACACAUAGGUCAAACAUACAUACAAACUCAUGCGCCACAACGACAAAUACAGCUAAAUAAUGUACAGAGGACGAUGACGCCAACAUCGGCCAAUAUAACGCAAAGCCCGAGACCAACACCAAACACAACGCAAAACACCCCAACUAACGUCCUAACCAAUAUCAAUCCAGUCAUUUCAAAUGUCCGAAACGGAAAUUUCACGUUCAGACCAAUCCAACCGAGGACGCCAUAUAGACACAACUUACCCAACAUCGGAGCCCUGACACAACCACUAAGCCACUUGCCAAACACGCGGCCAAAUAUCAGCGGGACAUCAAGUGUCACAGCCCAAAUUGUACCAGUUUCUAAAACACUGACUGCAACUACGGGCACGCAAAUAAACAGGAAAAGAAAAGCUGAAUCUCCAGACGAUAUACCCAAGAAAACUGCCUUAAAUCCGGCAACGAUAAACGAAAAUCCAACAAAACAGAGCAGUAUGACCGCAAAAGCGAUUUCCCACCCCAACAACGUUAGUAUCCCGAGUAAAAACGUAACAAAUCCAAACGCAGUACUUAAUAAAAACACUCCAAUAGCUAAGCCAAACGACAAUGCGCCCCAAGAUACCAGACUCCAAACACCAGACGCCAAUACAGCGUUAGCUAAUCAAACGGAAAACGAUAAACUAAUCCGAAACACAGUCUUCACGCAAGCGAGAGGCAGACUUUUGAACGAUAAAGAGCCUCUGCAAGUCAUCGAGAAAGAAUCUAGACCUGACAAUUUAGAGGAGAUCCCACGGAACCCAGCUCCGAUAAAAGAAGAGGAUCCACCUAAGAACAACUUCAAAAUACCGGCAACACCCGAAGCUAAGAAGAAAAGGAACAAGCCACCAGUGGUAAUUGCGAACAGCGAUAAGAACUCUGAAGCGACUGACGAAAUCAAAAAAGUUGAAGUCAAAACAGAGGAAGGCGAUAUCAACGCGCAAUUCAGGAUAAAACGGGAGAAAUACCAGGACUUUCAGCUGGAUAAAGACGUGAAGGCUCUCGUCAGGGACAAGAUCGAGAUGAAACGUGAAUUGGAAAGUGGACAACGGAUAUUGACCCACGUCUUAGAUGGCUACGUAAUACAAGAAUCCAAUAUGGCAUUCCCGAUCAGGAAACCGCUGAAAGAGAGAAAGGUCUACCCUUGCACGAUCGCUCCUAAUGGCCUUGUCGAUAACAUCGCGAUAAUCAAGAGCGAACCAGUUCAUCAUGUGCCCGGAGACAUUCCGCUGCUGCCGUACUACCACAUGCACGUGAACAGGAAACCAGAAACUGUCGAAGACGGUGAAAACGAAAAGGAUUUAGAAACGAAAAAAGAUAACCCAUUCGAAGCCCUCCAACAGACCACAGUGAAAUCGUGGACGGUACACCAACUAUCGGAGCAUUUAUCGAAACACAAAUGGAACGACACUAUAUCGAUAUUGCAGGAGCACGAAAUGGAUGGGGAAUCUUUAUUCCUCGCCUCAAAGACUCAAUUGACCCAAAUCGGUAUCAGAGAAGAGCACGCCGAUUUUAUAUGUGAUUUCAUAAAAAGUUAGGGUAGUUGCAAGUGACUUGUCCGGUCGUGGCACAGUCUUGCUUGUCUAUGGCGCUAGACAGACGGAAUGGACGGGGAAUCUUUAUUCCUCGCCUCCAAGACUCAGCUAACGCAAAUCGGUAUCUGAGAAGAGCACGCCGAUUUCAUAUGUGAUUUCAACAAAAGUUAGGGUAGUCGCAAGUGAAUUGUCCGGUCGUGGAACAGUCUUGCUUGUCUAUGGCGCUAGACAGGGAUGGCGGCGUUAAUAUUGCAAUAGCUAUGGACUUAACAAUUAGCAGCAGAAAGCCGAGAGCCUAAAGCAGAAAGGUUGCUAUAAAAAAAUUUGGUGGUCUGGAUAACGUCAGUAGCAGAACUAUUCGGACUGCUAGCUCUGACGUCACG